AUGGCCCCCAAGUCGAAGACUCAAGAAAACAUCAACGCCAAGCUCGGUUUGGUUAUCAAGUCGGGUAAGUACACCCUUGGUUACAAGUCGGUUGUCAAGUCGUUGAGAACUGGCAAGGCCAAGGUGGUCAUCAUCGCCGGUAACACCCCCGUGUUGAGAAAGUCCGAAUUGGAAUACUACGCCAUGUUGUCGAAGACCCCCGUCUACUACUUCCAAGGCGGCAACAACGAGUUGGGUACCGUGUGCGGUAAGUUGUUCAGAGUCGGCACCUUGUCUGUCUUGGACGCCGGUGACUCGGACAUCUUGGAAGCUAUCUAA